AUGCCUUACAAGUAUACUUAUACUGAUUUUCAGACAAAAUCACCUGGCCAAGGUGGAAAUUGGGCAUCUCUUGGAGAUUGCCUGCUCAUGUAUGUUGAGCCAUUUUUUCCUGUUAACCCUUUCUCUAUGCAGGAAAAGAAUGAAGCAAAGAAAUUAUAUAGGCGUAUCCAUUCACAAACGGAACCAACUCAACAAAAGUAUCAGCAUGAUGGUUGUUGUGGACUGUUUGGGCAUAAGAUUGAUCUUCUAGAUCAGUAUGAAAAGAAGUUGGAAGAUUUAGAGGAGAAUGUGAGAUGGGAACAAUCAGAUGCCUCAUUGGCAGGGCGGGAAGUUCGAGCUGCAUUUGUAUCUUUCAAGUCUCGGUAUGGUGCUGCAGUUGCUCUUAACAUACAACAAUCAACCAAUCCCACACAGUGGGUGACAGAGCAAGCGCCUGAACCACAUGAUGUUUACUGGCCUUUCUUUUCUUCAUCGUUUAUGCGGACAUGGAUUUCGAAACUGGUUAUUAUAUUUGCAUGUGUUCUUCUUACAGCUUUAUUCCUUCUUCCUGUGUUAGUUGUGCAAGGUCUUACCAAUCUGUCACAGCUGGAAGUUUGGUUUCCCUUCCUCACGAGCAUUCUGACAAUAACAUUCGUCAGUCAAGUUAUUACAGGAUACCUUCCUAGUCUUAUUCUUCAGAUGUCUCUGAAAAUGGUACCUCCCAUCAUGCAAUUCUUAUCCUCCAUUCAAGGAUACAUCUCUUAUAGCCAGAUUGUGAGAAGUGCAUGCAACAAAGUAAUUUGGUUCACAGUAUGGAAUGUCUAUUUUGCCAAUGUACUUUCUGGGUCAAUUUUCACUCAAUUCUCACUCUUCCUUGAGCCCAAGGAUAUUCCUGCAAGGCUCGCUGUUGCCGUUCCAGCUCAGGCAUCCUUCUUUAUUGCAUAUGUUGUCACGUCAGGAUGGACAAGUACUUCAUCAGAACUCUUCCGCAUUAUCCCAUUUCUUGGCAGUCUAAUAAGAAAGCCGUUUGCUAAAUGUAUGGAUGAUGAAGUUGAAGUUCCAUCUUUUCCAUACCACAGAGACAUUCCAAGGGUUCUCUUCUUUUGCCUCCUUGGCAUAACGUAUUUUUUUCUGGCUCCUUUAAUUUUGCCCUUUCUAUUGGUUUACUCCUGUCUUGGAUACAUCGUCUACCGCAGCCAGUUCAUCCAUGUAUAUGCACCCAUAUAUGAAACUGGUGGGAAGUUUUGGCCGAUGGUACACAAUUCAAUGAUUUUUUCUCUCAUACUCAUGCAUGCCAUCGCGGUGGGAAUUUUUACACUGAAGAAGCUUCCUGUAGCAUCAACCUGGAUUUUUCCCCUUCCAAUCUUCACGCUUAUCUUCAAUGAGUACUGCCGGAAGCGCUUUCUGCCUAUUUUUACUGCCUUUUCUGCUGAGAGUUUGAUAAAGAAGGACAGAGAAGAUCAAAACAAUGCUGGUAUGGCAGAAUUUUAUAAUAAACUGGUCACUGCCUAUCAGGACCCAGCUUUGCUGCCAAUCCGGUACUCUGCUAUUCCUGACAGUCAAAGUGCCCCCCUUCUAUCGGCUGCUGAAGUUUGAGGCUCCACACUGGGGACAUCUGUAAUGAUGGAAUUUAAAAUGCCAUGCCACUUGUGCGGUGUGCAGAUUGAAUUUGAUUGGAUUCUGUUUCAUUUGUCUGCUAAACUGUUCUGGUGUCACUUCACCAAUAAGCUGGUGUUCACAACCUUGGGAAUGUGCCUACAGCGUCGGUGAUCCAGUCAUGUGGAACUGUGAAGGUUUCCCCCCCCUUUUACCUGAACUUCACUACAUCAGUUCAUGGGGUAAUGAGGGAAAGGAGGGACUAAAGCUGGAAUCUACGGCAGGGACAUGAUAAAACCUGCCCUUGUCAUCAUUUUUUUCUUCUUAUACCUAGGGUAGACUUUGGCUUCCAAGUUAUGAAGUUUCUGCUCUUUAUACUAUAGCUAUUUUGCUGCAUUUGUAUUAGUUAUUGUGAUGAACUGUUAUUUUUUUUAUACAAUGAAACUACAAAUUUUGAUAUGUAAGAUGCUAAAGUUGCAAUCAUCCUUAUUUUUGAGCUUUCAAGAAGCAAGA